AUGUCAGGAACAUUCCAGACACAACUACUGCUGUCUCGGCCUUAUUUAACGCGGGCGCAGAUAAAACGAGCACAGCACAAUACCAUACCAGAUCGCCGGGUUUACAACCAGAAAAGACUCUCCGUAUUCAAGCUCCUGUGCGAUAUUUGCAUCCAAUUCAAAUUUCCUCGCAAAACGCUCGAAACGGCGAUGUACUUUUACCAGCGCUACUAUCUGUUCAACAGGUUUGAGUCUGAGCUCUGCUACGAUGUAGCCACUAGCUGUCUGUUUUUGAGCUGCAAGCAGGUAGAAACCAUGAAAAAAAUUACAGACAUAGCAUCGAUGUCCUUAAGACUGCGAAACGUCCUGAAAUUGUCGCCGGAAAUAGUGGAUAAUUGCAAAAAACGCAUAGUGCAAUUGGAACUUCGGAUAUUGGAAACUUGCUGCUUCGACUACAGGGUCAACAACUCGGUGCAUAUCGAUGACAUUCUCACCAAAAUCGCCAAAGAUCUGUCCCUGAGCCGCGAGGUAGCCCAUCUGGCAUGGAUUAUUGCAUUUGACGCUUUGAAACUCGAAAUUCUUCUCAUGGUUCCUCAGCACACGACUGCAUUGGCUGCACUCAAAAUAGCCUGCGAACUCACAAAAGGAGCCUCGUGGCCCAGCAUACGAUACUCGCUUUUCGAGAGUGACGAACCCUCCGUAAGCGAAGCGUACUUCGACCUGUUGAAUUUCUUCAUCAAUGCGUUUGAUCUUUCAGACCUGAAGGCCAAUUUACCUGAAAAUCUGCGAGAUACAGGCAUUGAGACGUUUAUCGAGCUGAAAAAACAGGCAGGCUUGGAAAAAGGUUUGAAAGAACCCGACAAUAUAAUGUCAGAUUUCUUACUCAUGAGCGAAAGAGAUUUUGGCAUUCGGGAGAGACGGUACGUUCUGUCACGAAAAAGACUCAAUGACGAGAGACCCAUCAAGAAUACGGCCAAACGAGAGAAAUUUUAA